CGAGAAUUUCACCAUCAAUUUCAAUCUUUUGAAAGCUUGGCUUUCAAAGGCGGGAGCAAUGUUGGAUACUUAUCGGUCGUUUAUGCGCGGAUGCAGUCUUACCACCGUGCGCGAGGGGUCACGAUAAUGUUCGGUUUUUUUGCGACGUCUUUAAGUCAUUCCCUUGUGUUGUCGGCAUUGGGGGACACACUGCUUCGCCUGACAUCGGUGCCGACCUACCGGUCGCCAUGUUGUUGUUGUUGUCUGGCGCGUGUGGUCUUUUCACGUCUCCGCGUCGUGUCUUGUGUCGUCGUUUGUUUGUAACUUAACUGCGUUUUUUAUUGCUCUCAUUAACAUGUGUGUUCGCCCUUUAUUGCAACACACACACGUUGAGAGCAUUAACAAAGUUCGUUUCGACGUCGUCCAUUAAGGUGUGUCUUCGCCGUGUAUUGCAACACACACCAAGUCUCCGACGUCAGUGCCCGACCAUUCGUUGUAUAUUCACGUUGGUUUUUUUUGUGCUACGACUGAUGAGGCUGAGGAACAGUGUCCAUUCCACGCGUUAGCUGAAUCCAGUUGCUUUAAUCCAAAAAUGGUUAACGUAUGAAUCGGUUUGAUUUUAAAAUACAAAAUGACUACAGAAAGUCCAACGGGGAUUUCCGCAGAAUUUCAAAAUCAUUUGAGAUCAGAAUGUGAACACAAAUUAAAUGAAACAGUUUUCACACAUUCAAGUUCACAUUUCUGUCGGGGAACAUUUGAUGGAUGGCUUUGCUGGCCAGAUACUGAAGCCGGAAUCACCGUUCACCAACCAUGUCCAGAAUUCAUUUCUGGAUUUGAUCCAACUAGAACUGCUUAUAAGAUUUGCAACAAAAAUGCUACUUGGUUCAAGCAUCCAAUAUCCGGUGCAGUCUGGUCCAACUACACAACUUGUAUUAACCAUGAAGAUUACAAUUGGACGCAACAAAUCAAUAAUAUUUAUCAAACUGGGUACCUAGUUUCGUUCAUCGCACUUCUACUGUCGAUUGCCAUUCUUACAUAUUUCAAGUCUUUGAGAUGUGCACGCAACACAUUGCACACGCACAUGUUCACAUCGUUCGCUAUCAAUAAUCUUCUAUGGCUGCUGUGGUACAGACUGGUCGUCGAGCAUCCGUCAGUCGUACUUCACAACGGGUGGUGGUGUCAAAUAUUACACGUCGUUCUACACUAUUUUUUGCUAACCAACUACGCAUGGAUGUUGGCUGAAGGUUUUUAUUUACACACUCUUCUUGUGUUCGCCUUUACGUCCGAAGAUACUCUAGUUCGAUGGUCUUGGACUUUGGCUUGGUCAACGCCGUUGGUCGUCAUUUCAUUGUACACUUUACUACGAAUUUCCAACGACCACACGUCCGAGUGUUGGAUCAACGAGUCACCAUUUACAGAGGUGCUAGUUGUGCCUGUAUGCAUGUCGAUGGCGCUCAACCUGGUGUUUCUGUGUAACAUCGUCCGAGUUCUUUGGGUGAAGCUUCAGGCCGGUCCAUCUCAUUUGUCCAACAGCACGCCAUCACGAACACUGUUGCAGGCAUUCAGAGCUACACUUUUACUGCUGCCACUACUCGGGCUCCAUUAUCUACUCACACCCUUCCGGCCACCCAAACAACAUCCCUGGGAACCGUUUUACGAAGUAGUGUCCGCUACUACGUCAUCAUUCCAAGGACUUUGUGUGGCAACAUUAUUUUGCUUUCUAAAUGGAGAGGUUGUGGCCCAAAUCAAGAGACGGUGGCAAUUCAUGUUUUUCCGAACGAGGGCAAACUCAUACACAGCAACAACGGUCUCGGUACGUCAGUUCGUGAGAUCGACCGCAGGUCCAGGCGACAAUGAAGAUAAAGUUUAGAGGCGAUAUGUGGUUAUAAAACGCCAUUUUUCAACGGAAUAUUGAACAAUUUUUUUAAAUAUACUAUAAAUUGUAUGUUUGUACAAAUUUGGCACUUAAGGAGUUUCCAUUUAAAACACAAUGAUAAACUUUUCUAAGAGUUUGUAUUUAAUGUUAUAAUUAUUACGAUUCUACCUACAUUUUUUUAUUAUUAUAAUUUAUAAUAAUAUUAUUUUAUGUACAGUUAUUGUUAAAUAUUGUAUUUAUGUAGUUUUUAAAAACGUCGUAAAAUCAGUUACUCUAAUACGUACAUUAUUAAAUUUAAAUACGUAUUAUGUAAAUUAUACCUAUUUAUAAAGCGAAUUAAGAAUAUAAAUAUGUUUUGUUUAAACGAA